CCUGUCCCCAACUUCUUUUCACUCACUUUCCCAAGGUAGAGCGAGCUAGGCAACAAGGCUCAAGAGAACCAUGUAGUUUUUCUUAUUAUGCAUGUUUACAACUGCCAGUGUCUCUAAUCUCUGUGCCUGAGUGCUUUCUCCUGGAGCUGUGGGGGAGCUGUUCAACUCUUGCAUGGAGCUGGUUGGGAGCUCCAAGGAACAACAUGGCAGCACAGUCCCUAAUCAAUGAUGCAAGGAAGCUGCCAGGGUAUAUAAAGAAGGUUCUGAGCCUGAGGACUCAUCACACAGAGAAGACACAUUCCCCUGCUACCUGAGCCCUCCACUCCUGACACCAUGUACUGCAACACCUUCUCCGGUGCCGUCUUCCCAGGAUGCUAUUGGGGCAGCUACGGCUACCCCCUGGGGUACAGCGUGGGCUGUGGCUACGGUAGCACCUUCUCCCCCGUGGGCUAUGGCUUUGGUUAUGGCUACAAUGGCUGUGGGAACUUCGGCUACAGAAGAUACUGGCCAUAUGAUCUCUACUGAUUUGCUGAAAUUGCUGAGGCGUAGAAUCUUCUCU